GGUUAUAGGUGGGGUUUGUUUUUCCCAAAAGGGAGUGAUCUGCGGCAGGACUGGUUUGCAGUCCGGGGUGUGUGGGCGGCAUGGCAUUUUACUACUGCGGGCCUGGCUCUUUGAAAUAGUUGCUUAGCUACCAGAGAUAAAUUGCACUGUUGUGAAGAAGGCCACAUGUGCAGAGAGGGGCACGGACAGGCAGUGGGGAACUAGCCGAGAUUAACUCCAUUUUGCCCAGUUGAAGUACUUGUACGAAUCAAGCACCCCUUGAAGACAUGCAAGCGGGGCUGGCAGAGGUCCCGGAGGCAGGUGUAAAACGCUGGGCUGCACAUAAGAAAAAAGACCGACACCUGUUUAUGCCCUUCUAUAUUUUGCAUUCGGUUUUUAAGUUUUAGGUAUACCCCCCAAUUUAAAUGCAACUCAAUUUUGUUUGCAGUUGUGCGGUUUGCUUGUUGGCUCCAGGUGGACCUUUGGACACUCUUGUCGUUGCCCCUUACAUAUAUAAUUAACAUGAUUUUAUUGCCUCGAAUUUUACCCUUGCGAAAGGUGGAACAUGUUCUGAAACCUACGCAGCUCAGGUGGCUUGCUGGUCCUGCAGAAAAGAUGCCGGUUUCCUUUCCUAAAAGGCUGCGUGUUUUAGUGGAUAUGGAUGGAGUCAUUGCAGACUUCGAAGGAGGGUUUUUAAAGAAAUUCAGGGCCAGGUAUCCUAACGAGCCUUACAUUACUUUAGAGGAUCGCAGGGGAUUUUGGGUCUCAACCCAGUACGGACACCUGAGGAGCGAUCUCUGCGAGAAGGCUAUCAGCAUAUGGGAAACUAAGAACUUCUUUAUAGACCUGGAGCCUCUUCCCGGUGCUGUGGUAGCUGUGAAGGAGAUGUCCAAGCUUGAAAACACAGAUGUUUUUAUUUGCACCAGUCCAAUUAACAAUUACAACCACUGUCCUUAUGAAAAGUAUGCCUGGAUAGAGAAGCAUCUAGGGUGCGAGUUUCUGGAGAAGGUCAUACUAACAAGAGAUAAAACGGUGGUGUGCGCAGAUCUUCUCAUAGACGACAAGCCAGAUAUCUCAGGCGCCGAGCCCCACCCGGCCUGGGAGCACGUCCUGUUCACGGCCUGCCACAACGAGCACCUGCCGGCCUGCCGCUGGCGGAGGAGGCUCCACUCCUGGCAGGACGACUGGAGAGCCCUGCUGGACAGCAAGCGGCAGUGAGAAAUCGCGCCAGGGGGGUGAUGUCCGCUGCAGACGCACAAGAGCCUUUCCUUUAGCUCCCGGUUUUUCUUUUAAUUGAUGACAUUGGAUUUUAAAUUUGAUCUUCACUGCCUUACAGCCUCCGCGAAAGAGAAUAACAAACGGCUGCACUCCAGAUGUUACUAGCACCCUAAUCCGAAAUCGACAGUGACAGUUUGUGUAUUAAUGGUCAUUUCAAAGACUGGUGGUGUAGAUUCCUCAAGAGCACACAUGUCCUGGCAGUGGACUUUCUUGGUUUUAGGUUAGUAUUAGUGUGUUGUUUAAUGUUCCUCUCUCCAGAUACCAGGGAUGGCACACAGGGAUGAAUGAGAAGGUGUAGGCUGAUUAUCCAGACACGCCCACCUUUCUGCCAUUCGGCAUUUAACAAUGAUGCUGAUUGGAGGAGAAACGCAUCCCUCACUAGCAGCACUGUAUGUGCCUGGGAGGCCACCAGGGGUGCUGUGUCACCAAGAGCCAAGAGAGACCUAGCUGACUAAUCCUGCUCUACCUGCCUCUCCUGCAAUUUCCAGAAUCCUGGUUGCAGUUGGCUAGUAACCUGUCUCGAACCCGCAGUAAUACAGCUAAGCCUGCACUCAACAGUUUUUUUUUCCCCAUUUGAGCCACUGAGGAGGUCCCUGAGUUGGCUUUUUAAUUCAGAAAAAAGCAGUAUGAGUGGUUUGAAACCCUAGAAAAACUGUUGCGUAAAUAGCUUUCUCUCACUACAGGAAUAAAUUCGCAAUAGGAACCAAAAGCUGAAGGUGAUUUUGUCAAAACCAUUGCGAUGCUUUUGUCCCCUUAUUGUCUGCAUAUCUGGAAAGAAGGAAUCUUGAAGUGAACAAGGUGAAAAUGCAUUUCAGCAAGCAGUGGACAGAAUCGCUGCUUUUCUAAGAAAAAAAGAAGCAUCUUGCUAGAUUACUGUGUGUAUCUGUAGGGGUUUUCAAAGAACUACCUCAUCUUGACUUUAACGGUGAUUCUUAUCGGGUUUUCAGUUAUUUAGGGAACAUGGUGGUUGGUGCUUUGGCUCGAAGCCAUAUUUUAGCAAGAGAAGCCUUUUAAAUGAGGUAACUCGUGCCCUUUUUGAAUGAUUUUUGAUUAUCUAGUUUAUUGUUCACUGUGCAUUUGUUAAACCCUUGUAGUACCACAGUUGUUAAUCAAGAACAAAACUGGACAAAUUCAUGGAGUUUGUUUGCUGAUUUUUCUUUAAAUUCGUCUGACUGAAGUAGACAGAGUGGUUAACAGAAUCUACAAAUCUGGGCUCAACUUGAACCUUUGGUCUACAUUGCUUUUAGGUUUUGACCAAAACUGUACCAUUUUGAGCCUGUGCUGUUAAAGUGCACUAAACUUGCAUAUAAUAUGGAUGUUCUAUGUAAACCUAAAUACUUUGAUUGGAAUUAACUAGGUAAUGUAGCAAACAUGACAUUUGACACUUGGGUACAUGUGA